AUGAAUCUCCGUCCUCGCAAGGUCUCACCGUCGCCGGUAUUCCUCCCCGAAGAACUUGUCGCCGAAGUUCUUCCCUUUCUUCCUGUCAAAUCACUUGUUAGACUGAAAUGCGUCAAUAAGUCAUGGAAGUCACUCAUCUCUGAUCCCACCUUUGUCAAACGACACCUUAGUCGAUCUGAACGAAAUGUGGACUUCACAAUUGUAUCUUCUUCCUUGGGUGAGAUAUCUUUCACAACUUUUCAUUUGUUGGAGAAUCCUCCAACCACUACCACUGUUACCAAUGGUCAUUACCAUCAGUUGAAUGAUAAGGACAACCUCUAUAUGGUUGGUUCCUGCAAUGGUUUGCUCUGCUUGUUAGGUGAUUCUCACAUCAUUGGGAAUACCUGUAAGUAUCUUCGUUUUUGGAAUCCUGCCACUAGAAAUAUAUCAGAUAAAAUAGGAUAUUUUAGCCAAUACGACUUCCGUUAUCCUCCUAAUUUGGAAUUUGCUUACGAUGAUUCAACCGACACUUAUAAGGUCGCUUGUUUCCUUUCAAGGAGAACAGAUGUGAGAGUUUUUAGUUUGGGCCAUAAUGUUUGGAGAAAUAUUCAAAAUUCUCCUCUGGAUCAUGAUGCCAUGAGGAAUGUUGUUACUUUUAGUGGUAGCUUCAUUUGGUUGGCAGUCGACAAUCACACCGGCAAAAGGACAAUUAUUUCACUUGAUUUGAGCACAGAGACACAUACUCAAUUUCUACCCCCUCAAGAUUUUGAUGACGGGUCAAUGAUCGAUCCAAAUCUAAGUAUGUUAAAUGAUUGUCUUUGUUUUUCUUGUGAUUUCAGACUAACUCAUCUUGUUAUAUGGCAAAUGAAGGAGUUUAGAGUUGAAGACUCUUGGACUCAAAUCCUCAAAAUUAGUUAUAAUAAUCUUCAAAUAUAUGAUCUUUUUCCGCGGUUGCCAUUAUGCCUUUUGGAGAAGAAUGAUACACUGUUGUUGAUAGACAAAUAUCAAAGUCAGAUGAUUAUCUAUACUUGGAGAGAUAAUAGAGCUAAGGCAAUCAAUAAAUGUUGGCAGUUCAAUUCCAAGAAUUAUGUUGAAAGUUUGGUUUGGUAUUGUUGA